AUGGCUGAUAAAAAGCCAAAGGAAGGAGUCAAUACUGGAAACAAUGACCAUAUUAAUUUAAAGGUGGCAGGGCAAGAUGGUUCAGUGGUGCAAUUUAAAAUUAAAAGGCACACACCACUUAGUAAACUAAUGAAGGCCUUUUGUGAACCACAGGACACACCUGCACAGUUGAAAAUGGAGGAUGAAGAUACAAUUGAUGUAUUCCAACAGCAGACAUGA